CUUGGGGCGCUGCUGGUUCCAAUGAAUGAGGGAAGCGCAGCAUCUCCGCCACUGGUUGGAGCGGCGGGGCCACUCAGCGCUGUGUGGAGGACCUGACCGGUGCGUGUGUUUACCAGAGUCCUUCCAUCGGGGUCUGCGCCAUCCUGAGGUAGGAGGAUUUUGAAGUUGUACUUCUGCCUUCAUGUGACCAAUCAGAUGUGAGUACAUCAGAAUCUAUAUUGCUAUGGUGCAGAAUUUGGAAUUUUUUUUUAAGAGGAGAACUGCAGAGUGACCUUCAGCAGACGGGCCAUUAUAAUAAGUCAAUAAACUCGUGAGUUCUGUAGUUUUGGAGUCCAGUGAUCUCUCUCUAUCCAGUGUUGCUUCUACUCGUUUCUAUGACAGUAUUACCUACUUGAUCAUGGCCCUCACAUUAUAAGAUGUCAAAGUCAGACCUAACAGACUGUCACAGAAAAAUGCUCAUUACCUCAGGCAUUCGUGGUAGUAAUACAGAAUUCAAAGUUCCUCACACACGAAUAGAGGAUGGAGCAGCAAUUCAGCAAAUUUAUUCUUUUGGAAGGAAAUUAGGACAAGGAAGCUUUGGUGUAGUAAUUGAAGCAACACACAAAGAAACAGGCAUAAAGUGGGCAAUCAAAAAAGUGAACCGGGAAAAGGCUGGAAGUUCUGCUGUGAAACUGCUUGAGCGGGAAGUGAGCAUCCUAAAAAGAGUAAACCACGAGCAUAUAAUUCAUCUCGAAGAAGUGUUUGAGACACCAAAACGCAUGUACCUUGUAAUGGAGUUAUGCGAGGAUGGAGAACUUAAAGAAAUUCUUCAAAAGAAAGGUCAAUUUACAGAGAAUGAGACACGACACAUAAUUCAGAGUCUUGCAUCAGCAAUAGCAUAUCUUCAUAGAAAAGAUAUUGUUCAUAGAGAUUUGAAAUUGGAAAACAUUUUGGUUAAAAGCAGUGACAUUGAUGAAGAAAAUGAAAUUAAAUUAAAUAUAAAGGUGACUGAUUUUGGUUUAGCAGUACAAAAGAUGGGGGGAAGUGAAAGCAUGUUUCAGUCUACCUGUGGGACUCCAAUCUACAUGGCCCCAGAAGUGAUAAGUGCUCAUGACUAUAGCCAACAGUGUGAUGUUUGGAGCAUAGGUGUCAUCAUGUAUAUGCUAUUAUGUGGUGAGCCACCUUUUAUAGCAAGCUCUGAAGAAAAACUUUUUGAAGUCAUAAAGAAAGGAGACCUUCAUUUUAAACAUUCAACUUGGGAAUCCAUCGGGGAGACUGCCAAAAAUGUGCUGCAGUUGCUUCUUAAAGUAGACCCUGCCCACAGAAUCACGGCUAAUGAACUGCUUGACUCCCAGUGGAUAACAGGUGAAACAGACAUUGUUCAGAGGCCAUUUAAUGUCCUUGAACUGAUGAAGAGGUGGAAUAGCAGCACCAGCACAGAAUGUGGAGAAGCAGGUGUUCUUGAAGAUGAAUUGAAUGGUGCAUCAUCCACUACACAACAGGAAGAAAGUCGUGAAGGACAAGACAGCCCUGUUAGCAACAAUGGCAACUCAGAUCGCAGCAUAGAAACAGAAACAGAGAGUGGAAGCAGCAAACCCUCCACACCAACAAAACAAGCUAACAAGAAAAAAAGUUACAAUGCUUUACCAAAUGGGACAUUUAGAAAGAAGAGUUCCUCUAUUAAGUCAACUUGCAGUAUUCAGAGUGGCGGAACUGGGUCAGCAUCUCCAGGAUCAAUUGUAAAGCACAGCCUGGAUAGUCAAGAAAAGAAAACUGAAAUGGAAAAGUCUCCUUUUUUUUCAACUCAAGCGUUGUCAGUCAAAAGUCCACACAAAUCAACUACCCUUAGUGGCCUACACAAAUCCAAAAAGAAACCAUCUACUUAGAAUAUGGGAUCCAUCUGCGUAGAAUAUGGCUCUUGCAAAGUCAUUAUUGUUGGUGCCAAAAUAUGGCAACUGUAUAUAAAGGACCAACGUAUCUCAAACUCUUACGCCUUUUUUGUUGUUCUGAGACCUGUAAUCAUCAAGUGUGCUCUAGUUUCACAGUAGUACUGUUCAAGCUCUAAAACAG